AGUUAGUCUGCUUUUGAACUCACUCUGUGCAGAAGGAGCACGUCAGGCGAUGCACUGAAGAACAGCGCCACAUGACGAAGUGGCAUAUUUCCUUCACGACAAAUUCCUUUCUGUGGAGUGGAACUAAAUAUAUGAAAAGGAUCUGUUUGCUUCAAUGUAUGUGACAGAGGAGUCUGGUGUUUUCCAUUGCCAAACACAUACCAGAUGACCAUCCUUGUGUCAACCCUGAUUCAGAGCAAAGUUAAGGUAGGUGAGAACUCUUUUACUGUUGCUGAGGGGAAAUGAAAACCAUCAGCAGUGCGAUGCAGGAGAGGACUGGUGCAUGUUCGUGUUAGUCUGUGGAUGAAGUUGGUCUUCUUUUUAGCUUGAUUGUUAAGAUUGCUGACCUACAUACAGAUAUCAUAGACAGCAUGGAGAAAAACAAUCAUGUGACAGGUGACAUUUGCAUCAUGUGCUCUUGCAUUUGCCACAUACCAGUCACAUCAAUAGUUUUAUUAGAUUACAUUAAUUGGAUUAUGUUUCAUCAUCAAUCAUCAAGUGGGUAACCAAUAGUAGUCUAGCAUUGAUAGUCUCUGAGCUUACACAAGGCAUCUUGUUUUACUUUGAGAGUUGCUUUUAUUUCCAUCUUCACUGUUUCGAAUAAUACUUUCAACAGACUGUAACUCUUUCUUUGCUUUCAAAGUAAAAAUUCAUUGUGUCGCAAGAUUUUUUCCCUUUUCCUUCAGGUCCCAGCAAUAAAUCUGCAUGCACAUUUUGUUCAGCCAAGAUUCACGGGGAAUCAUGAGAGUGAUCUUAAGGAGAAAGUGCGUGAAGUUGGUGUAAUCCAAAGAGUUAAAUUUUACAGCUCAGUGUAAUAUGAGGAACAGGCGACAAAUAAUGAAAGGGAUACACGCUGUCUCUUGUGGUUUUUAAAGAAUUGCCCUUUGUGUCUUAAUGUAUCUCAGAAGUCAAGAAGGGAACAGAUAAAUCAUGUUUUGAUGUUCCAGUCCAGUCUUUCUCUGGCAUCUGCCUUGACUGUUGCAAAAGAAAGGGUCACGUAAGUCAAGGGGAUGAUUAGUAAGAAAUACCUCUUGAGGGGCAGACAUUUGCCCGCAGUGUGAAAGACAUAUGCUCGUCCCACAUCUUUUAAUCCACUGUUGAAAUCCAUCUGGAGCCCAUUUCACUCUAACAAUUGCCAAAAGGUGCUUAGUAGCAGACGUUCAAGUCAGUGCAUGAUGCUCAGGCCAUGCUUUUUAUGGUGGAGGGCACUAUUUGACCAGAUCUGGAACUAAUCUCUCACCAGUACAGGUUCUUUUGAGGUCAAGCGCUGUCAAACAUCAGCGAGGAGAUAUGUCGCAGUAAAAGCCCGAUACUUGAGACGAGACACAGAGCUGCAAUGCAUAACAAAAAUCAUGUGCAGAGGUCCAAAGGGAGUGUUGUUGUUGAUGUAACAGAGCGGCUUCUCUUGUUUGCAUGAACUUUCUGUAAAAAUAGAAAGGAGAACUUUGGAUGGACAUGCUGGAAUUGCCUUGACGCAUACACUGUAAAACUGCUUUUGGCACAAUGUAGAGGAAAUUCCAUGUGAGCUUGCUUUAUAUCUUGUUUUCCUUGUAAAGUUAUUUAUAAGAGAACUCCAAUGAUGACAGGUUUGAAGGGAAAGCUGACUGCUAUUUGGAGUGCAUUCAUAUAAAAAUAGUUAAGGUUUGGGAUGCUAUAUUUGUCCUUAUUUACCCUGUGGUUGAGUUUGACAGAGUUCCAAAUUUGGCGUACUUGUCUGCACGAGCUUUCCGGCUGAGUAAAUGUCUGAUUGCGUUUGUGUUUGAGCCCUCCUUGCAGAUCUACAAGGGUGUUAAGAUAAUGUGUGGUUGUAUCAGUUGCAGGUAAAGUGUCUGUGUGUGCUUAUGUUCCUGAGCUUCCCUUUGACUAUGACUGAGAUCCCUGGUCCAUGCAGACACUCCAUCACUAGGGAGCACCUGCUGAUAGUCAGGCAUCUGGUAGGUGUUGAAACAUCACGUCAAUCAAGCGCUGUUGGAUCGGAGACAAUUCGUUGAUCGUAGGGUGAAGUCUUCUUUUGUUGCCUCUGCAGAUGGAUAACCAGUUAAGAAGCGGGUGCUCCAUCACCUACACAUUCACAGAGCGGAGGAGUUUGGUAAGGUAACAUUUGUUUUACGGGGCUGUUUCCAUCUGACGCCUUUGAUGAAAACUUUCCACUGACUAAAUCCUGUGUGGAGUUUAUGACCUCGCACUUUGAUUUCCCACAGAGUAAAUGUUGCUUUGUUAAAGCCGCUUUACCGUGGAUUCUGGAGCUCCUCACCACCCACUUCAAAUAUAAUCGGGGUUCAGUCAAUGAUGGCUACGUUCAGUCCCUGAGGGCGCUCAUCCUCAACAUCUACUCUCAGAAAUGUGUCCCUCAGAUUAAUGAGGAGAUAGAGGUGAGUGUGGGAUCCUCAGCACUGAUUCUGCGAUGUGUUUCUUCAGGACAAAGUUUUAAAACGUCUAUAAUAUAAACCAUAGAGGAGAAAUAUGUGAUGAGAGGUACUGCCAAGGAUGAGGAGAUAAAUCUGCAAAACAUUUAAGGUAUUUUCUGGGAAUCUGCCGCAGGAUAAGCCGGAGAGUUUUGAGAUGCUGUACAGAGGGUCACCGUCUGAGGCGUUGCAGAAGGCUUCAGAGGUAUUGUCCGCAUACUGGGAGCUGGUGACGACCAGCGACACGCCAGUGGAUUGGCGCUGCCAGCAUGAAUACACAGAAAGUUUUGGCUCCACGACAGAGCUGUUUACAGAGUCACCCACAGAACAUUUAACCGGUGGGAAUUUUAUCUUCCGGAAAGUUCUCUGAUGAAUUAUACAGAUGUCUGGGGCCGCUGAGAUUACAUAUCACGUGUCCUUUUCUACAGAAAGUUAUGGUAGCAACUCAGAAAAGGCCUUGCACAGAAGAAAAGACAGAGACCUAUACAAGCUUGGCUUCAUCAUCGCCUCCACCUGUGGAGGACUGCUGUUCCUGCUCACUCUCUACUGUCUCAUCUCACAAAAGGUAACAACCCUCCUCUUUUUGUUAAUUUUUAGAUCACUAUGCCUUUAUGAAGUCGAGCAAUGCAUUCCUGUCAUAUUGCAAUACAGAAGGCCUUGGCUGCUUGGCUGUGUCCUCUGGGGAACUCCCUAUUGCCAAAAAAACAAGCCCUACCCUUGCUGGUAAAUUCUGAGCAUAACAAAACAUGGUAGAGGCUGAUGAGAGCGAGAGUAUUGUUUUGCAACAGAAAAUUCUGGGUGCGUUUGUGUUCGUUCUUCUGUCCAGAUGGUACAUUUUAUACAGCAAAGAAAUACUCACCUGGCUGAGGCUCAUAUGUAUUGUUUGUUACCUCGGAGUCAAGACCUUAACAGAGACUCAAUCAUCACAUUCCUACACCAGGCGAACUCUGCAGAUUUGUUUGUGGUCUGUCUAAUCAAGGGCCUGAAAGAGAUUGAAGUCUCGCCAAAAGCCUGAGAAAAAGAGACAAUCCUCGGAACGCUGCCAAGCGCAGUUAAUUCUCGGUAAAGAUGUGUUUCCUAGAAAGCAGAUAUUUGUUAAUAGCCUAGCUAAAACUAACAAGCAAAUUACAUUUUGGCGUGGGCGUCAUUUGUUUCAGUUUUUAUUAAAAGAAGGACGCUAAAUAGACAUUCGAUCAUGGAGAAUCGAAAACAGAUUUACAUAGGACUCAGCUCCUCACAGGCUAAUGAAAUGUGGAGAAACUCUUGGAAGAGUUUUCUUCUUUUCUGGAAGGGUCUAUAAGUCUCAAAUGAAAAGGCUGCUCCGUAUUUGUGUUUAGAUUCGCCUGUCAAAUUGAAUAAGCAGAUUUUAGUUUGCAUUAUACUUUCUCCUGUAAACAUAAGUUUGCAUUGUAUUGUAUGUGUAGGGCAUUUGGCAGCAGCAGCAAAAUACUCUCCUUAUGGUGCCAAGCAAUUGCAAGGGUAUUGCUGUUGCCAUAUGUGCUGCGAGUGUAAUGCAUCAGUGCGAGAACAUAAAAAAUCAUAAAAACUGCAAAGGCGACAGUGCUGAACAAUCCAGUGCCACAUCGUGUUUAGUGCUUUAACAAGUGUGCUGAAUGAAAAGAUGAUUUGGAUCACAAGGGAGGCACUGGGAUGGGUUGAGGUUUGCACACCACUCCAGAAGUGAAGGAAACUUGCGUCAGUGACUUUCUGCAUUAAAUCAAAUUAGAGCUUGAUACAAGUGGUGAACUAAUGGUAAACAAAUGGAUCUAUUACAAGCAGUUGCACGGGGGUGUGAGGCCUGUGGUUUACUGGAGUUCUGUUGUUUAAAAGCAGUUCGCCUCAAACACUGCAGACUUCACAUGUGCUGGCAGAAACUGAGAAACAGCAACCAGAAAUCACACCCGAGCUCGAGAAAACCAGGGAGCUUACAUCCCCUCAUAAAUUGAUCCCUUGCAGGCUGAUUUAGGUGGUUUGUGAUUCUUGGGUAAAAAAAAAAGAAAACUAAAAGUGGAACAAGAGCACAAUCAAGAUUAAAUUUGAACUCAUUGUCACUGCAAGUAUAUUUGGCUCCGAGCAUCUCUAUUAAACAAAGCAAAUGCACUCUAGAAGUUGGAAGUUACGACCAUAUCAUCAUUCCUCAGUUUCUCGACAUCAAAACAACCUCAUGAAUUAUGCUAUGACAAUUUUUAGAAGCAAGAAGUGACCAUACAGGGAGGAGAACUAGAGAGUGGAACCAAACUAGAACAAGAAGUUUGUGAUGGCUCAAUUAGCAAAGCUGGACAGUCAACCCUGUGACUGAUUUAAUAGUCGUGGAUAAGUUCAAGCCUCAAGUGGACAUUGGAUGAACUGCACAAUUUUGCAUUAGCUUUAUUUUAUGACAUCACAGAUUGCUACUUUAAAAACUGACUGUGGCAUCUGUCCGAGUUAAACUCAGUGAAGCCUAUUUAACUUAUGUUGUUUAUGGAAUGAGCACCAUACAGGUCCUGCUAGGCAGCAGCUGUCUGCCUGCUGUAGCUAAUGUUAUCCUGAGGCAAACAAAGCGUAAAGUUUCCAACUCCCAGUGGAUUAGUUUACAGCAGCUUGGCCAAACAGUUUCCUUUCGCAUUUUCUUGCUGUUAUAUGCACUCAGUCUUUCAUGUGUGUUGACAUCUUGUUAGCAGGCCGUGGUUGUUGCCGCCUAGGUCUUUUUCUAUGAAUAAUCGACAUAUUUCCCAUCAGCUGAUAUGCAAACACAUAUUGUUUCUUAUAGGCAAAAUCAGUUGCUUGUGGUUAUCCCUCGACUAGAACCUGUGGUAGAAGCUAUGCAUGUCAGAAACUGGGGUGUACUCAUCAACUGUGUGGCCCUUGAGAGGGAAGGAUCUGUUUUUCCAUACAGUGAAGCCUAACUAUCAAGCAUUCUUCAGUAAACUACUGUUUUUGCCAUAGUGUUUACCUAUGACUUAGAUGGAAACUAUACGUCUGCACCUGGGGCGUCAACAAGCAGUAGUAAAAAUGUGCUGGACCAACUUUACACAGAUUGAUUGAUGUGACGUGCCUGAUCUGCUCGUCUCUUGCAUUGCAGAGAGAAUGGGCUCUGCUUCCUUAACUUAAGGCUGGUCCUUUAUUCUCUGUUUUACAUUAUUGGACAAACUGAUUAAAUCAGGUAUGACUGAUCAUUGAGACUGCUCAGACACUCCUGGAUUAAUCAGUUUGUCCAAUAAUGUAAGACAGGAAAUAAAGGAGCUACCUUAAUUCAGGAAGUAGUGGAGCUGUGCAUAGAGCCCAUAUCCGUUGCCAAGGGGCUGUUUAGGGUAUAGACCAAUCAGAUGCAGAUAUCUGACACAACCAGGUGAUUAGCAAGUGGGACAGGUAAAAACUUACAAGAGCAGAUAUCAGUCACCACAUGUAUAUUUUUUUUAAUGCAAUAAUAAGACAAAACAGUUUCUUUAUGUGUGUAUGUUCUCUGCUCAACAAAAACACUGGAUAGGAGGGAAGCAGUCUGCUUUAGAGGAUUAAUAAGACCCCACUAAAACUACCUCUGCUUCUGGCAAGCUGCUCUCUUGGCUGUGAGCGCACAGACAUUAAUGAAGGGCUCUUACAUACAGUGCAUCAUUCUCCACUAGUGGAAUUCUACUCGUACAAUAGCCUUUGGCAGAGGAUUUUUCCCGUGGCUUUUGUGCGUAUCACUUGAUUUCCUGUCUCGCCUGCUUUUCGCCAGUGUUUGAGCGAAUAUAUCCCUGCUUACUAACUCCCUGUAAGGCUGAUGCAUUAAGCGUCUUUCUGACUUUAAUUAACAUCAUCUGUGUUCUUCUCAGUGUGCAUGUGUGGCAACAGGAGGAUGAAAGGAGCCAUAAUGCUUUGUGAGGAAGUGACCAAUGUUCGAGAAAUGAUGCUCCACUUGGGGCAUCUGCGUUUCUGUGAAUAUUAAACUUGGCAGAUUCAGUAUGUGGGCCAGAGGAUGUGCUUUUUUAUUUUUAUUUUUUACCUAACUAGACUGGGUAAGCAGACAUAAUAUAAUGUCACGCCAUAUCAUUUGGUCUUGAUGCAUUUACUAAAUUUUCUAUGGCUGUGAGCUGAGUAAUUACAGUCUGCAGGGGGUACGAUGCUCCCAUCUAAAAAGUGGUUGGAUUUAGUGUACUGUGCAGACAGAUGGGUUAGACUUUCUUAUACUUUGAUCUAACGUAUAUGUUGCUACAACCACAGGCCUGUGAGUGAAUAACUCUGCUAUAAAUUGUGAGCUUUAUCUGACACAUGCGAGCUCUGUCCACCUGCACUUCUUUUGGUGGGGCAGUAUAUCCAAACUCCCCACAGGGUUAAAUCCAUAACCGUAUGAAGGUUUAAACUUGAGCCAAACAUGUGGCUCCUUUUAGCACCAUUCAAACGGCCAUAAACUCCCACCUUUGCUGCGCUGUUUUCCUUUCAGUGGUUAAUUUUGGCCAGGGUCCUUCUUUAAGUGACCUGUGACCCACCUCUAUCGCCACCCUCUGACCGAGAGCAAGAAACUGGCUUUGCUUUGUCUACAGAUAAAUUACAAAAUUAUGUAAACAUCACAUCGCUGAGGACUUUUCCUUAAUGUGAAAAUCUCUGAACAACUCAGCUGCUGUAAAUUUGAAAAGUCUGUGAAAAGCGUUUAAGUUAGAAUAGAUUUCAUCACGGACACGUUUCUGCUUCCUCCAGCAUUACCUACUUCCUCAUAACUGUGCAUUCAAACUCUACUAAAAUAUACCUUAACACAUACUUAAUUUUAUGCUUUGUUUCUUAACCCAUAACUGUUGACCGCCUGCCUCGUACUCCGUCAUCACUCAGAAACCAUGUAUGAAUGUUUGCAAAUGAUUUAGUUGCUUCGACAUUAAAGAAACGAGGUGUGUUUGUCACUUUGCCAACACCCCUGUAGUUCUCACAAUGUGUGGUCUGUGGGUUUUAUUUCAUCAACUCUUUUCUCUCCAAAACAGAGGACUCACAGCUCACACAGAUCAAUAUCAUACACAAACUCAAGGUAAGAAAACACCCACUAUGACAAUUCAAGAUCAUCAGUGUCUUCAUGUUGAUUAAACUUAUGCAAACCUUUGUCGCCUGAAUUUUUUAAGCAGAGACCUCCAGGAGUUGGAGAUGGAGCUACAAUAAUGUGAGUAUCCUUCCCCUAUACAUAAAAGUGUUGCAGACGGUUAAACAGCCAAAGCUGGAACCUAUUAAACAAACACAUGUGCAGGCCCAAAUGUAAAGUAUGAUCACCUACGUCUUUACACUUUAUGUGUUACUCUCUCUUUGUACAGGCAGUAAGGAGCACAUCCCUGCAGCAGCAGAUGGAGCACAUGUGAAGCUGUACAUUUUACCCAUCGUGAACGAGUUUCCAUAUCAGUACCAUGUGUGCAAGUUAUCAUGCUCACCUAUUUAAUCAGAAGCUUGGCUAUGACUGAGAGCAGAGAUGGACCAUAUUUUGAGAACCAUGCUAUGUAUAUACUGUAAUGUUUAUGCGUUAUCUACUGCAGAUAUCUUCCACUAAAAACAAAGUUUUAUUUUUACACUAGUUAUGUAUGUUGGAUAAUGUGUUUCCACUUGCUACCACUUAACCAAAUGUUCAUAAUGUUCGCAGGACACUACAAAGUUAUUUAUUAGUUUGAUGUUAUUCAAUCACUGUACUGAUAAUAAAAGUUCUAUUAAUACUGAUAUCAUAAAACAAGAUACAGUCCAGCUAGCAGUGCAUUGUUAUGUGAACAUCAUGCGAUAUCAUCUAAAGAGCAGGUAAUGGUUUCAUUAAAGGAUUCAUGUCACUUUACAGCCUUAUUUAACUCUUUUACAAGGAGUCUUUUUCUCACUAGAAGUGUUUCCCAUUGCUGCUGGAAGCUACCAUCUGUCAUAAUGCCUACAUUAAUCAAUGUAUAUUUUCGAAGCAAACAUUUUUAAGAAGCAAUGACCAAUGGUUUAAAUUCAGUUCUCUUGCAGAACAGUAUGAAUAUUUCCAUAUGUACCCUGGAGUAUACUUUGUUGUCGGUCACACACACUGAGCUGCUGUUAUUGGCUGAGGUAGAUCAUUAUCCACAAAGAUUAACAGCAGUCAUUGCUGCUGCUGCUUCACAAGAAAUGUCUUCACUGUGCAGGGCGUGACAGGGUUUGAUCAGAUAAGAUAAGAUGAGAUAGUUGUUAAUGCUCUUAAGAAAAUUUGUCUUGGAUCCAUCCAGUAUCCGCUGUUCAGAGAAUAGAAAUCACAUGGUGGGAAGAACUGGGUGGUUUUGGCAAGUCGGAUAAUGCUGAGGAGGGGGGGCUCUGAUGACUUUCACUCAUGUUUGCUCAGUGAUGGCCUAGCCUUAUGUUUUAUAAUAAUAAAUUGCAUAAUGUCUGACUUUGAGAA